CUGGACCUGGCAAGCGGAGAGUUUGUGACAGACGCGUUAUGUCACGUUAUCUUGCUCCUUUCCAGACCCAAAUCCAUUGCUUGAUCGCAGUCGGUACUCAGCUCCGAACCUCCCACACAAACAACCGUCAUGGUUGAAUCUAAAAGUAUGCAACCGACGGAGUGUUCAAGGCCCGCGAUCUUCCUGCAAGAUGCUUGCUUCAAACACAAAUUCAUCCGCUCAAGAGAUACCUCGAACGUCGUCGAACGGCCCGAACGACUUCGCGCUGUCACCGCGGGACUUUCCGCUGCCAUGGCGCGUCUGGAGUACGACAGGGCCCGCAUCGCGUCCCACGCCUCCCACGAUCCAGACGAUCUCGCGUCCCAGCUUGACCGCCUCAACCUCGCCUCAACCUCGUCCGCACCACCUCCAGCGCGCGUCGUGCAUAGUGCGGCGACGGCAGACCUUCUCACGCACCCCGCUGUGAAAUAUGUGCACGGAGACAUCGACGGGGACGUGUAUCUCGAGAAGCUCGUGCGCUGGGUGCGCGAAUCGCAGGGCAAGAUCGACGCGGGCGGGUCUGAGAUACCGGAGGGCCUAGCGCAAGGCGAUCUGUACCUUUGCCCGGAGUCGCUCGUUGCGAUGCAAGGCGCGCUGGGAACGGUCUGCGAGGCGGUCGAUUCUGUGCUCGGGGACGAAACCUCUGAGAAACGCGCAUUCGUUGCGAUCCGGCCGCCAGGGCACCAUUGCGGAGAGGACUCCCCCUCGGGGUUCUGUUUCGUCAACAAUGUGGCUGUCGCUGCUGCUCAUGCCCAUCUACAGCAUGGAAUCAACCGCAUCGUGAUCUUUGACAUUGACCUUCAUCACGGCAAUGGAACCCAGUCGAUUGUAUGGCAGAUCAACGAAGAGACGUAUCGGCAGACGCUAGAGGAGGAAGCUCGCGCGCCGAAUUCAAAGCGCGGCCCGCAGAUGUACUACGGAUCUUUGCAUGACAUACUGUCUUAUCCGUGUGAGGAUGGAAAGCUGUCGCUCGUGCAAGCCGCAUCUGUCUCCCUACACGGGGCACACGGGCAGCACAUUGAGAACGUUCAUCUCCAAACAUAUUCGACUCCAGAACACUGGGACGAGCUCUAUAGCCACCACUACUCCAAGAUUCUACAUAAAGCGGAGGACUUCUUGAAGAGCACUGGCGGACCCGGCCAGGAUGUGCUUUUCUUCAUUAGCUGUGGAAUGGAUGCGUCUGAGCACGAGAUGCCCUCGAUGUCACGACACAAUAGACGAAUGCCAACCUCAUUCUACCAUCGAUUCGCCAAGGAUGCAUGCGCGCUGAGCAAUCGUUAUGCCCAGGGCAGACUUAUUAGUGUGCUGGAGGGUGGGUACAGUGAUAGGGCGUUGAUCAGUGGGACGAUGGCCCAUCUCGUCGGACUCGCAGAUGGACCCGAUAACGGAGAAUGGUGGAGUGCGGACAACUUAACUCUGCUGGAGAAAGCUACGAAGAAACGACGGGGCGGCCGACCUUCUCUUCCGCCUAAGAAUGCCCAUCCUUGGCUCGAUCGCACGUUGGAGCUGUUUGCUGAUCUUGACAGAAGUCCUGUCUCACUGUCUGCCAAAGCCGCACCUGCUCCCUCCUCGCGGGUAUUGCGAGAUCGGACAGCGAAGAAGCCCGUGUCAAGCAGCAGUAGCAGCAGUAGCAGCAGCACGCAGCCUACGUCGACAACGCUUGUGGAGGAGAAUUCAAGCUCGGACAGCGGGCUGUCGAGCAUUGAGGAGGAACCGAUCGAGGGAGAGAGUUUGAGUGCGAAGAAAAAGAUUCCUAGGCAUGUCAAGAAGAGGGCUGCCUGGAGCCAUGCCAGCGACGGGACCUCCAUCUUCACACACGACGAGAUCCGGGCGCCGUUUGCGCCACUGGGACCAGCCAUGACCCACUUCACGUACUUCCAUUCAUCCAACACGGUCCCUGCAUCCAACACGGCGCUGUUCCCGGAGUUCACCUCGUCCGUCCCGCGCUGCUCGCCCCGCGGCAUGCUGUUCUGCAUCGCCGACUUCCUGCCGGGCAGCCGCGUGCCGAUGCACCGCACGGAGAGCGUCGACUACGCGGUCGUCCUCGAGGGCGAGAUCGUGCUCGCGCUGGAUAACGGCGAGGAGAGGGUGGUGCGGCGGGGGGAGUUCGUGGUCCAGCGCGGUGCGAACCACGCGUGGGUCAAUCGGGCAGAGCACCAGGCGUGCAGGAUCGUAUUUGUGAGCGCUGGGACGGAGAAGAUCGUGUUGGAGGACGGGAGGGUGCUGGAGCAGACGAACUUUGGUCCGCCGCCGAAGAUGCCUUCUUGA